GGGCAGCCAUUGGCUGAGCACGCGGCUCCCAGAAUUGGACUGGAAAAAAAAAUUGAGAAAAAAAAAAACAGGGGCGAGCUCACAACAACAACAACAACUCCGACGACUACGAAGGCGGCAAAAGUCCACUUGCACUUUUUGCGCCGACUCGUCCGAUCGCCAACAAGGAAACCGAUGUCACAAUGGCCACAAACUUCUCCAUAUCCGACAGCGAGUCUGAACCGUCUGAGGAGGUAGAAGAAGGGGACAACACCCAAGGAGCUGCGGAAAAGGAGCCGUGCCCCCGCCUGGGCCUCACCCUCACCUUACCCCGGCUCCGGGUGGCAGCGAUGUCGGGCCGCAUCCGGCUCAACUCGGAGUCCAACGCUUCCACGGCGUCCAGAGACGAGGAGCUCCAGGCCCGGGGCGACGAGGAGGCCGGCACGCCCACCGACGGAGCUCCGUUCCGGGGACGCUCCAAGUCGGCUCCCCCCUCGCUCUGGGCCGCCAAGAAGUACGGGCGACAGCUGCGGCGGAUGAGCGACGAAUUCGACAGCCUGUUUGACAAAGGGGAGUUGAAGUUAAAAACCGCCGGCGGCACAUCGCGGCCAAUCCAUCACUCCAAAACCUGGUGGAGCUACCUCUUCAGCCACCAGGAAACGGAGGGGGAGAACAACCACCACGACAACCACGCGCAUCGUACCGAGUAGACUGAGACCGAGAACGGGGGGGCGGGGGGGGGGCUUCCCUCUUCCGCCUAACUUUUGGCCUGCGACGAAGAGACGUUGUGAGUCGCGAGCUCAGGUCUCUUUUCUUGGACUACUUUUUUGUCCGAUUGUUCUUUUUUUUUUUUUUGCUAUGACGAUAUUGUUGGGAACCCGACAAGACCCCGAGCGAGAGUUGUAUUUAAAGGACGUCGUCCUACGCCAACACUAUGCAACCUAGACGGUAAGCGGAGGCGGUUAAAUGUGGGUCCAAACCUCCCACCCCCACCGUACCUCUGACUCGCCUCGGCAAUCGCAAACUUCGUACAGCGCCGCGCGGGGGGGGGGGGGGGGGGGACUUCGCGUCCCGAUAGCGAACCCAACGCGAGCGGCCUGAAACGUUUGCCCGCUGCCGUGAGGAAAGAACAAUCUCGCACGCAGACAAUCGCAAUCCAAUCUCUUUUUUUUUUUUUUUGUAAAAUGUCAGGGUUACACGCAGAGAAAAUGACUUUGAAAAGCACAAACUCGAUCCGAGACCUUUUUUUUUUGGGGGGGGGGGUUAUAACGAGACUUUUUAACGGUGUAAAAUAUUCCUUGUGGAGUGGCCCGUCGUCACGUCGUGUUUCGCAAUUUGUGUCCGGCCUCGGGCGACGUCGCCUUUCGUGAUUUCCACGUGACCUUAAAAACGCUCCGCCGGGGGCGAGGGGGAGGAUACGCUCUGAUUUUUUGGGGGCGGGCUCGUAUCGUGCGCUCGUCACGUGACUGAACACUGGAUCGAUACAUGGUUUUAUAUGGCCACUUUGGGGAAAAAAAAAAAUCAAUAAAUAGCCUGGACUUCUAUGUGAUUGUUAAAAAUAUGAUAAAUGGUGCGUUUAUUGUCUUUGGAUGAUUUUAUCGUCGUGUCCCAAUGGAAAUCAAGACAAUCUAAUUGGCCCACUUUUUUUUUUUUU